UUACAGUCUAAAGCCGCCCGGCUGCUCCGGCGCGGGGAGGGAUUUACCUGCUGCUGCUGCUGCAGCUCCCGCUGUUGUUGUGAGCGGCGCUUCGCCCGCCUCUUUCUCCCCCGGGCAGGCAGCGCAGCAGCGUCAGGAGGAUUGCGCGGGGCUGAGUCAACAGCGGGACCCGCUCGGGGUGCUGCUGCGUGGCUUCGUCGCUUCGUUUGCCAAGGAGUAAACAAAACUGUCCCGUUCUUCGGACCCUCAAGGAUCAUUAUUCCAGUGGAAGGAUCCGAGCAGGGCGGGGGGGAAACGGAGGCGACGAGGGACCCUCUGCGAGUGGCCUUCUAAGGAGGGCUGAGGCCGGGUCAGGUAUUCGCCCUCUUUGCAUCUUUUCUUGCCACUUUCACAGCGGGGCGCACCCAGCCUUGCAGAUCAAAGAUGCCUGUCCAGACGUGACAUUUGUAAUGCAGUGAAUUGCCAUACAGAGCACAAAGGAAAUUUACUAUGGCCUAGAACAACGGACCUUUGGAGAGUUUAUGAUGUCCACAGGUACGAGUGACAGAAAAAACCAUCAGGCUGUCAGCCUGGAAGGAGUUGAUCCAGAAACCUGCAUGAUAGUCUUUAAAACUCACUGGUCACAGGUGGUGAAAAUCUUGGAGAAGCAUGACCCUUUGAAAAAUAUCCAAGCAAAAUAUGGAGCAAUUCCUCAAGAUGAAGCCAGCACUGUGCAGAACUAUGUAGAGCAUAUGCUUUUUUUGUUAAUUGAAGAACAAGCUAAGGAUGCUGCCAUGGGACCCAUCUUGGAGUUUGUCGUCACAGAGAAUAUUAUGGAAAAACUCUUCUUAUGGAGUCUCAGAAGGGAAUUCACAGAUGAGAUGAAAAUUGAACAGCUAAAGAUGUAUGAGAUGCUUGUCACUCAGUCCCACCAGCCCUUGCUGCAUCAUAAACCCAUCCUGAAGCCUUUGAUGAUGUUGCUGAGCUCUUGUUCAGGAACCACAAUAUCCGCUGUGGAAGCAGAGCUGGUGGUAUUACUGAACCAGCUGUGCUCAACUCUAGCCAAAGAUCCAUCCAUUCUGGAACUGUUUUUCCAUACUAGUGAGGACCAAGGGGCUGCAAACUUCCUAAUUUUUUCCCUGUUGAUUCCUUUCAUCCACCGUGAAGGGACCAUAGGCCAACAGGCUCGUGAUGCACUACUUUUUAUAAUGUCACUUUCUGCAGAAAACAGCGUAGUUGCUAAUCACAUAGUAGAAAACACUUAUUUUUGUCCGGUGCUAGCAACAGGUCUAAGUGGCCUGUAUUCAUCUUUGCCUACAAAGCUGGAAGAGAAAGGAGAAGAAUGGCACUGCCUGCUGAAAGAUGAGUGGCUUCUGUCUCCAGCCCUUGUCCAGUUCAUGAACUCCCUAGAGUUUUGCAAUGCAGUGAUACAGGUGGCACAUCCACUGAUUCGCAGCCAACUUGUGGACUACAUUUAUAAUGGAUUCUUAGUGCCAGUAAUGGCCCCAGCUCUUCAUAAGCUGACUGUGGAGGAAGUCAUGACAACAACUGCAUACUUGGAUCUCUUUUUGCGGAGUGUUUCAGAACCAGCAUUACUCCAGAUCUUUCUCCGUUUCAUCCUGCUGCACCGUCAUGAGAAUGUACAGAUUCUGGACACCCUCACAAGCCGCAUAAACACUCCAUUUCGGCUCUGUGUGGUAUCCUUGGCGUUGUUCAGAACUCUUAUCAGCUUGCACUGUGAAGAUGUGAUUCUACAGUUAGUUUUAAGAUACCUGAUACCUUGUAAUCACAUCAUGCUGAGCCAAAGAAGGGCCGUUAGGGAGAGAGACUGGUAUUCAGUAUCUGCUGCUCGACUGCUUGCCUUGACUCCAGUUUGCUGCUCUAGUGGGAUUUCUCUAACUCUUGAAAAACAAGAAAAAGACUAUAUUGUAUGGAGAAAGAGCAUACAUGGUACCGGUUCCACUGGGGAGUUAUCAAGUAGAAGCAUUACAGACUCCACGUGUAUUGUGGAAUAUGGUCAAAGUGUAGAUAUCAGUUACUUGCAGUAUCUUUGGGAUGCUCAGUUCCUUAUACUCCACUGCAUGAAAGACUGCCAGGUUUGGUCUGCUCCAUAUGAUGGUGAAAACCCUGAUCCACACACCUUUAUUCAAACUCUGGUUGAAGAAGACACUAAAAAUAGACAGCAUCCCAUUUUAAGACGUCAUCACAGAACUCAUAGUACUCGUAGCUCCUCUCAGCUGGAACUGGAGUGGGAUGAUAGCUAUGAUACAGGGAUUUCUCCUGGAUCUGGUACUGGCUCUCCUCAGCAUGACGAUGAUUUAGGGAAUGUAGACAGGCAACCACCUGCAGAACCACCAAAGCAUAUUCAGGAAAUGAAGAAGAAUGCAAUUAUGUUGAUCAAGGGGUCAUAUAUAGAAGACUCUGACUUUCAGGAUGAUGUCAUGGUGUAUCGGUUGUGUGCUGAAAAGGAUGCUCAGGAAGCAGACAGCAUAAAGAAGGAAGCUUUAAGCACAAUAGUGUCAGAAUCUCAAAAACCAAAUAAUCAAAAGCAGCUCCAUACUAAUGGGCCUCUUAAAAAUCCUCAACCAGAUGCCCAUUUGGAAAAGAACAAUAUGAAAAAUUCCAGUUUAACUCAAGAAGCAAUGGCAGAACAAGUACACAACAGCACUGCUAACAUGAAUCAGGAAACACACAUGGAAUGGAACUUGUCUUCUCAAGAAGCAGAUGAUAAUGCUAACGUAAAACCGCUGAGUCCAGAGAGUGAGGAUUUUAUCUCCCAGUGCAAUAAUAUCAUUAAAGAACUGGAUACUAACACUACAGGCUUAGUGGAACUUAAAUCGCUUAUGCCAGAUACUAUCUCUCCAAUGGAAGAGGAGGAGGACUUUGAAAAUUUUUCAGCUGACACGCCAUCAAUAGAAAGUAUGCCUUCACCAUUUGGUUCAAAAGAGUUAUGGUCCAGCAACCCUGCAAGAAUCCAGAAUGUUCCAUUUACAGGACCUUUUAUAAGUGUGGUGCUAUCAAAAUUGGAGAACAUGUUGGAGAACUCACUGUAUGUCAAUUUGCUUCUCAUUGGAAUUAUAACUCAUCUGGCUAGUUAUCCACAACCACUUCUCCGUUCUUUUCUGCUCAAUACCAAUAUGGUAUUUCAGCCUAGUGUGCGAUCACUGUAUCAGGUGCUGGCAUCUGUGAAAAAUAAAAUUGAGCAGUUUGCUUCCAACGAAAAGGAUUUUCCCCACCUUCUCAUACAAGCACAGCAAUACCUGCUUAUACGAGUGGACAUGUCUGAUAUUCCGCUAGAGUCAUUGACCAAAGACCACGCUCAACACACCAACAUCAUGGGCAAAGGAAGGAACCUUUCAGAGACUUCACAAACCAUCCUGCAGCCUUUCUUGGGAAGCAAGAUGAGAAGAGGAGCUGCUCUUCUUGGCGCCCCUUUGCCAGUCAGGAAUGCCAUCCUGGCAGCUGCACUCUUCCCGGAGUUUCUCAAGGAACUGGCUGCUCUAGCCCAGGAACAUUCAAUUCUAUGUGGCAAAGUAUUUGCUGAUUUUGAGAAUUAUUAUUAGUUUAUUUCACAAGACUUUUUAUUCUAGUUUUUUAAACACCAAACUAUUUCUAAAGGCAAAAUCAACUUUAUAUUCCUGAAAAUACUUGAUUGGAGAGAUACUGUUACGUCUUUAUUUUGGGCCUUAUUUCCAGCUGUACAAAUGGCAGUCAUUAAGCUACACUUUAAUGUACCUUAUUCCAACCCUUGAUUUUAUUUACCUCAGCCUCCCUCAUUAAACUCUAUGACAGUCACUUUGGGGUGAGUUAAAAAGGCUCAGUUGUACAGUCAGCUGCAGGGUUUUUUUUUUCUAUUUAGUGGACUUGGUUUCCCAAGAAGAGAUAAGAGAAUACCAAUAAGAACCAGCACGAUAAAUCCAAUAAGACUUCUUUGCAAUUACGCUUUUGGUUUUUAUUUAAGGGGAAAGAUAACAGUCCUUCCAUUCAGCUUUGACAGAUGAAUCAAAAUGAAUUUGACAUAUAUAGACAUGUGACUUGCGGAAAGCAGGUGCUCUCCUGAAUACAUACCACGUUGCCUUAUGCUGUGGACAAGUCUGUAGCUUUCAGCUGUUGAAUCCUUUGAAGUUUAACAGAAUCAGUAAAUGGCCAUUGAAUGUAGACCACAUGGAAUUUUUCCCCUGCCAUUUCUCUGCUUUCUCUAAAAAAACUAGAUGAUGAUCUAACACUUGAGCCUUACUUCAGGAAAAUUUGCAGAGCAAAUUUUUUUUUCUAUGCAAUCUGUAACACGCUUUGUAGAACACAUUUAUAUACUUCUAUUGUUAAGCUGAAGACAGAGAUAGAUCAAGAAAUUUUAAAGUCAUGUUAUAAAAGUUAAUUAUAUUUUUAAGUCAGACUUUGAAAAAAAAUCUUGUCUCUAAGCUAUAUUUUUCUUUUUAUAAUUUAAAUGCUAUUUUGGUCAAAGAUAAGAUUUCUAGUACCUGUAAAACACAGGGUAUUUAUUUGUGAUGUAUGCUAAUUUGUCCUAAUUUUUGCACUUUUGAGAAAUAACAGUACAUGUUGCUACUUGCAGCAUAAGAAUGUUACUAAGGUCCAUACGCUGGAACUUAUUGCCACUGGUGUCCACUUGAACCUUUUAUUUUGUGAGUAAUGAGGUUCAUUAGAAAGGGUCCCAACAUGAUGAAUUGGUGCACUGCAGUUGCAUUUCAGCUUCUUCUAGUAAGAGUAAUUGUUUCUGCCGUGCUGAAGUUGACUCUUUACCCAGUGGCUCAGUUCUUGAAAGCCUUCAUAAUCUUUUUUUAUAACAAGAGAAAAUGAGAAGCUACUCUAAAACAAAGUAAAAACAGAAAGCAAAGACAAGACUUGAAAGCAAUUAGAUUUGCUUCUGUUCAUAAAUUCCAUAUGGAGCUACUAAUAGUAGUGAAAAUCUUUGUAUCUUCCAUGAUAGAUCAUGGCAUCAAAACAAACUUGUAUUUCCUUGGAAGGAUUAUCACAUACUCACUUGAAUUUAGAAGAACAAAAACAUCAAGAGAGGAGCUGCUGUCUCCUGCUUCAUUCCUAAACAACAUUCCCCUGAUCCAGCCUUUUUGCCCAUUCUUUCUUCCCUCUGUUCUAGGCCAAAGUUAGAGGCUUGUGGUCUAUAACAAGCGAGAUGGAGUAAAGUGCAGCACCUUCCAAAUGCCUGAUGAGAUUUUCAUGAAUAAAACUAGUGAUGUAAUAAUACCGUCUUUAAGAACAUAAGAACAAGCCAGCUGGAUCAGACCAGAGUCCAUCUAGUCCAGCUCUCUGCUACUCGCAGUGGCCUACCAGGUGCCUUUGGGAGCUCACA